UCAUGCAAAAAAAUAUAUAAAAUUUCCAAGUACGAAUAAUGGUUCUGUGUGUUUUAAGAGUGUUAUGUCGAGGUAUCAGGCAGGUCAGCAAUGUGAAGGCAGACUGGGUUAAAGGCUUCAAUCACACCGGGUGUCCCCGGUACAGCACUUGCCCUGCCGGAAUGAAAGUCACCAUUUGCGGGGCGGCUGGUUGUACUGGGCAGCCGCUCGCCCUACUUCUAAAACAAUGCCCACUACUGGACGAGGUGGCGCUGUACGACCAAUGCGCCACCUGUGGCUUUGGCAUGGAACUGAGUCACGUCGACACCAAGUGUAAAGUGUCAUCUUACUCUGGGCGCCACAUGCUGUGCGAUGCGCUGACGGACGCCAAGAUCGUGGUGAUUGUGGUGCGGAACGAGAGCGACUCGUUCGAAAACAACGCCCCCUCCGUAUCUGACAUCGCUAUUCAAAUCUGCAACGCAUGUCCAACAGCGUUCACAAUAGUAGCAACGGAGCCGGUAGAGAGUAUGGUGCCGAUAGUGGCGGAGAUCCAGCGCUUGCGCAGUUGUUACGACCCGCGCAAGCUUCUCGGCUGUGUUGAGCUGAACUGUGUGCGCGCUAAUACGGUGAUGGCAGAUUUUCUGCGCGUACCACCUGAGAAGGUCCGCGUGCCAGUUAUCGGAGGCGCCACGCCGCAGACGAUGGUGCCGAUUAUCUCCUCGGCCGUGCAUCCUUGCCAGCUCACUGAAGAACAGGUUGAAUGUUUAACCUCCUGCAUAAUGGGCGGAGGCGACGCCGUCUGCGCUGCCAAAGGUUGCUGCAAGGAGACCGCCUGCCUCGCCGGGGCCUAUGCCAUCGCCCGCACGACCAUCAACGUGGCGCGGGGGCUGCAGGGGCAGGGAGGGGUGGUGCAGUGUGGUUACGUCGACAGUCUGAAUACUUGUGCACCGUGCUGUCAGUUUUUUGCUAGUCCAGUGCUGUUGGGCGCGUCAGGCGUGACAAAGAACUUUGGUGUUCCGGAGUUGUCCAAAUUCGAACACUGUCUUCUGCUGCACUGCCUCCCCUAUGUCCGCAAUGAAAUAGCACGCGCCGUUUGGCUGGUGUAUUCGAUUUGUACUUCCUGCUGCACGCCGGAUUGCUGCGUGCACCCGUGCACGUGCUACCAGCCGCCGUACAUGCCCUGCGUGCCACCUGUGAAUUGGACUUGUGACUGUCCGGACGCCUGCCGUGAUGAUUAUCUAGCUUCGAUUUGCCGUAAAAUGACCUGCACCGACGGCCCCUACGAACUGUGCUGGCGGCCUCGUCCGAGAGACUAUGACCAGGCGCGUGCGCUUAGUUUCAAGCAUUCCGCGGCACUUAAGAGUUGCCCCUGCAGCACUUGCAAUAUCCCUCGGAGCGUGCGCUACGUCCAGGAUUACUUAGAGAGGCAUAGGGACCCGUGCUGUGGGCGGAACGUGUAG